GUCUAAUGGAUAGAUCUUCCCAUCUCUACCAUCUUAUAACAUCUCUCUUACUUCUUCAAUGGCUGAUUAAUUAUAGCUCAGCCAACUUAGAUAUCAAUACUGAUCGUUCUUCUCUUAUUGUCUUCAAAUCUCGAAUAUCUUUAGAUCCCCAUAAUAUAUUGACCAAAAAUUGGAGUAGUGAAAGCAGUGUUUGUAGUUGGAUCGGAGUUACUUGUGAUUCUCGCUAUAAGAGGGUGACUCAGUUGAAUAUAUCUUCCAUGGGUCUCGUCGGAACCAUUCCUCCAGAAAUCGGAAAUCUUUCUUUUCUCGUUUCUUUAGAUGUGAGCGAGAACUCCUUUCAUGGUCCUAUUCCCUCAUCUAUUUUCAACAUGUCAACUUUAGAAGUUUUGGAUUUGAGGAAUAAUAGUUUGUCUAGUAGUCUACCGGUUGAUAUAUGCAAACAUAAUCUCCAUAGGCUUAAGAGACUUCGUGUUUCUUACAAUGAGUUGUAUGGGGAAAUACCAUCGAGUUUGGGGUGGUGUUCAAAGCUUGAGUAUCUUUCUUUGUACAACAACAGUUUCAGUGGACACAUGCCAACACAAAUUGGAAACUUGACAUUGCUUCAACAAUUACACUUGGGUGCCAACAAUUUAAGUGGUAAUAUUCCAAGAGAAAUUGGAAACUUGGUAAUGCUUCAACAGUUGGACUUUACUUACAACAAGAUAAAUGGCAAUAUUCCAAAAGAGAUCGGUGCUCUUACUAAUUUACAAGCUUUAGGUAUGAGUUCCAAUGACUUUAGUGGCCACAUUCCAAGAGAAAUUGGGAACUUGACAAUGCUUCAAUUGUUGUACCUUAGUACGAACAUGUUAAGUGGCAAUAUUCCAAAAGAGAUCAGUGCUCUAACUAAUUUACAAACUUUGGACGGAAGUUCGAACAACUUUAGUGGCUACGUGCCAAGAGAAAUCGGGAACUUGACAAUGCUUCAAUUGUUGGAUCUUAGUUACAACAUGUUAAGUGGUGAUAUUCCGAAAGAAAUAUUUCUUCUCAAUAAUUUACUGCAAUUGAACAUUGAUAUGAACUUACUUGGUGGAUCAAUACCGAGAGAAAUUGGUAACACUACCAUUCAAGAGAUAUCGCUCGAGUACAACAGUUUAAGUGGUCCUAUACCAUCGACCUUUGGGAAUCUAUCAGGGUUGGUUGAUUUUGCACUAGGUUCCAACAACUUAAGUGGAGAGAUUCCACCAUCCAUUUGCAACUUGAGAUCCCUUCAAGUACUUUAUUUAUCAGACAAUCAUUUGGAAGGAUCAAUUCCAGAUUGUAUGGGAAACUUGAGCACAUCUCUAGUAAUCCUCCAUUUGAAUGAAAAUAAACUCAGUGGCCUCAUACCAUCAACAUUCACAAAGUAUUGCAGUCUUCAAUCAAUCAAUCUGGAUGGAAACAAAUUGGAAGGAACACUACCUCAAACCCUAGUCAAUUGCCAGGAUCUUCAGGCCAUCAACAUUGGUGAUAAUGAAAUACAUGAUGUGUUUCCCUUUUGGAUGGAAACGCUCCCUCUACUUCGCAUCCUCAUCUUGAGGUUAAACAAAUUCGACGGUGAGAUGUUGUCGGCUUCAAACACUGAGAAUCCGUUUCCAAAGUUGCAAGUCUUGGAUGUAUCAGAGAACACGUUUGUUGGAUCUCUACCUGAUAGAUAUUUCAAGAACUUUCGUGGUAUGAUAGAUGCAAAGGAAAUCUAUACCGAUGAUGAAGAAAAUUUGUUUGUUGAAUCCAUAUCGUUGAUUCUCACGUUGAAAGGAUUGGAUCAGUUAUUGGAGCGACUGCUAACAACAUUUACAAUUAUCGACUUAUCCUCCAAUAGGUUCUCUGGGAGCAUUCCACCUUCCGUAGGGAAUCUUAAAUCUCUCAGAUACUUGAAUUUGUCUCACAAUACCUUGACAGGACGUAUACAACCAUCUCUUGGAGGUAUGAGUUUGCUCGAGUCGUUGGACUUAUCUUCAAACAAACUUGAUGGAGAAAUUCCUGGUGCAUUGGCAAGGUUGACAUUUCUUGCGAAGUUAAACCUUUCGAUGAAUAAUCUCGAGGGACAAAUACCACAAUCUAAUCAACUUUCCACAUUUGGGAACGAAUCAUAUGUGGGAAAUGCAGGAUUGUGUGGGUUUCCGUUGACGAGAAAAUGUGAGAGGAGCGAUGAAAAACCAUCGUUGCCGCAAGAAGAUGAUGAUGAGUCUGGUUUUGUGAAUGGAUUUGGGUGGCAACCAGUAGUGUUGGGGUAUGGAUGUGGGUUCAUAAUUGGAAUUUUUAUGGGCUGUGGAAUUAUUCACUAUGAAAGGCCAAGAUGGUUAGUGAAAUUUACUUUUGGUUGUGAGUGAAGUGCUUUAGAUGUGUGUACAUUUUCUUGCAUAUGAUAGUUUUGUUUGUGCAAUUGUAUGUGUUUAGUACUGCUAUAUUUUCAUAAUUAGUUUUGCAUGAGAUAUACGAUAA